AUGUGCCAGGAGUUGGCUGGACAAAAGGCGUGGAUUUCUUAUACAGGAGUUCUUAUUUUCAUGAUACCAUUUAGCGGGCGAGAGGCAUUAUCUGCUACGCCCAGUAUGGCGCGUGUAACGUUAUGGGCGGGCAUCUUAGACAUGGAAGGCACCUCACUCUUGGGAAGAACGGAAAAGGCAGGGGCAAGAUAG